AAAAUCGAAACAAUUGAAUUUCAACGCUGAACGGAGUAGGUUGUGUGAACGCUAUAAAAGUAUUUAGUGUUUGUUUGUUAAAAAAGUAUUUUAAUCGUUAAAUAAAUAUUAAGAAUUUAGUUUAAUAAUAAAAAGUUCCAUAACAAAUACUGAAAAGACGUGUGGAAAUAACUUAAAAGCAAGGUAGUUUUUCAAAAUAAACAACAGACGACUGCAUUUUUAGACACCCCUAGCUGCUGUGAUUGAUCACCAAGUUCGUGUAGCAAAAGUAAAGAACCGUUGACAACGCGAAGUUUUGGAACAAUAUAUUUUUGUUUACGUUGUUGCUGUUAACCGCAAUUAAGUUCCCUCCAUCAACGGAUUAAACAAGCAUCAUUUUAAUUUAACUGCUAUGUCUCAGGAUCAAAGCGGAACAAAAACAGUUUAACACAAUGGCUGCGACACGAAAACUACAAGGUGAAAUUGAUCGAUGCCUUAAAAAGGUAGCUGAAGGCGUCGAGACCUUCGAAGAUAUAUGGAAAAAGGUUCAUAAUGCAACUAAUAGUAAUCAGAAAGUAUAUAAAGAAAAGUAUGAAGCGGAUCUUAAAAAAGAAAUUAAGAAAUUGCAACGCCUUCGCGAUCAAAUUAAAUCAUGGAUCGCAUCCGGUGAAAUUAAGGAUAAAAGUGCAUUAUUAGAUAAUCGCCGGUUAAUUGAAACGCAAAUGGAACGUUUUAAAAUUGUUGAGCGUGAGACAAAAACUAAAGCCUAUUCAAAAGAAGGUCUUGGUGCUGCACAAAAAAUGGAUCCAGCUCAACGCAUUAAAGAUGAUGCUCGUAAUUGGUUAACAACAUCGAUAAGCUCAUUGCAAAUACAAAUUGAUCAAUACGAGAGUGAAAUUGAAUCACUUUUAGCUGGUAAGAAAAAGCGUCUUGAUCGCGAUAAGCAAGAUCGAAUGGAUGAGUUGCGUUCUAAGCUGGAUCGUCAUAAAUUUCAUGUAACCAAACUGGAAACAUUGUUAAGAUUACUUGAUAAUGAUGGGGUUGAAGCUGAACAGGUUCAUAAAAUUAAGGAUGACGUUGAGUACUAUAUUGAUUCAUCACAAGAGCCGGACUUCGAAGAAAAUGAAUUUAUAUAUGAUGAUAUAAUUGGUCUUGAUGAAGUAGAAUUGUCUGGCACAGGUGUUUCACUUGGUAUUCCAUCAUCAGCAACUACAGACAGUAAUAAUAGUAACGAAACAAGUGGUUCACCUAGCAGUAUAACAUCAGGAACAAGUCCCGUACAGUCACCACCACCUGCGCAGGCGCAACAUACACAGCAACAACAGCCUCAACCUGGAACUGUACAACCCACACCACAGGCCCAGGCACAAUCACUGCAACAACAACCGCUUCAAUCACAAUCAAAUUCAACCAAUCUGAGUUAUGCAAACGAUACAACUGUGGCGGAUGGUGCAACUUGCGAAAAGCGUAGCAAAAAUGAAAAUGCAGCUGUUACUAAGACAAAGCAACCUGUUAAACCAACAGCAGUUCGAGCUGCAAGUAAUAAAUCCACAACAAGUACAACUAAUGAUGCUCCAGGAACAAAGAUCGUUAGUUCAACGCCUAGUAAAAUUCACCAUACGCAACAGCAGCCACCGCAACAACAACCAACUGCAGCAGCAGUGGUGGCAGCAUCAAUGAAUGCACAUGUUGGAAAUAACUUAAGCACUCCAGGUGCACCAACUUUGGCCGCAACAGUAGCGGGUCACGGUACAACAGCACAACAUGGUCAAUUGCCAAAUAUGAAUGUAUCGACUGCAGCAGUUGUAGCUGCAUCAGCAACAGCCAAUCAAACAGUCAUAACAAACAAUACCAUUCAAGGUCAGUCUGUGAUUCCGCCAAGCACAACGAUAGCAUUUGCUGCAGUAGCAAAGAAUAAUUCAUCACAUAUGGAGAAUGGGGUUACUCAUCCAGCUACAUCGUAUGCAAUGGCAGCGCCAACGGUUGCUUCAAUUGUUGGAUCGACAACACAACAACAGCAGCAACAGUUAUCUAAUCUUCAAACGAAUUCCUCACAUUUACAAAAUGGUUUGCCAUCAGCGAAUAAUAAUGCCGUUGAGUCUCUUUCAUUGAAAACUAUGGCUCAAGAAGCAAUUAAUCGUUCAACAAUAGAAACAAAUACCAUGGCUCAGCCUCCUGCUUUAGAUGUCAGGCAAAGUCAGCAUCAGCAGCAACAACAGCAGGUGCUACAACAACAUUUCGCCUCAGAUUCAACUGCCAAUCAACAACAGCAACAGGCAGCUAGUGUUGCCAGUGUUGUAGCAGCUUCUGCUGCAAAUGGCCCUUCCACGGGCGCUGGUCCUGGCGUUACUAGCAUUGGUGGUUUGAAUACAAGUGGUCAGUCGAGUGGAUUAAAUACAUCAACAUCAGGCAUUAAACAACAUCAACCUCCUAAGCCAACAAGCGAAGCACAUAUUCCACCACUGCUAGGUGUUGCACCACUUGGUCCAUCUUUGUUAAGUAAGGAACAUCAAAUGCAAUUCCAAAUGAUGGAAGCGGCCUAUUAUCACUUACCAACGCCAAGUGAUUCAGAAAAAUUAACCACAUACUUCCAUCGAACACCAGUGCAAACUCCAGCUCAUUAUCCUCAAUCUCAGCUCCCAAUCUACGAUACUGUUGAGUUUUAUCAGCGACUCUCAACAGAAACCCUCUUCUUUGUUUUUUAUUAUAUGGAAGGAUCAAAGGCGCAGUAUCUUGCAGCUAAGGCACUGAAAAAACAAAGCUGGCGUUUUCAUACAAAGUACAUGAUGUGGUUCCAGCGUCAUGAGGAACCAAAAAUCAUUAACGACGACUACGAACAGGGAACCUACAUCUACUUUGAUUAUGAGAAGUGGAGCCAGCGUAAGAAGGAGGGUUUCACCUUCGAAUAUAAGUACUUAGAGGAUAAGGAGUUGAAUUAAGUAUACUGAUAGCCCUGAUGCUCCAAUUCGUUCACUUCAUACAACUGCAUCUACAUAUUGUAAAAAAAUUAAAAACACAAAAAUGUUAAUUUUGCAAUGAAAUAUUACAUAUAAAUAUUUGAUAUAAGUUUCAUUUCUCAUAUGUAAGAAUACAAUAACACCAAAAAUAGUUAUAACAAAUUUCAUUUAAGUUCAACAUUUAUAUACACAACUUUUUUUUAAAUUGCUAAGCCCCCAAAAUAGUUACAUUUUUUUUUAAAUCCAAAUGAAUUCAUUUUUGCAAUAAGCACACAGACUACUCUUUUGCUUCAAUAUUUUUAUUUUAUUUUUUAUCAAAACCAAUUAUAUUGUUACAAAAUUUCAGUUUAUUAAAGAUAUUACAUUUCUAAAUAAUUUGUAAAAGAGUCUGUGUUUUAAAUUAUAGCAUAUCAGCUUUUUAAAUUUAUUUAUUUAGUUAAAUAAGAUUUUAUAUAAUUACGUGUAUAUGAUAUUUAUAUACAUAAAAUAUUUGCAAUUUGCGCAAGCACAUAUAUAGCAAAGCGUCUAAUAGUUUCGACAUAUAAAAACCAUCCGUUAUUGUUACUAAUUUAAAGAUAUGCUUACUUUUGUUUUGACUUUAACAUCAUUAACUGAAUUAUACAUUUGGGGAAUAAAAUAAUUAUUGUUUUUGAAAAAAGGUUGUGUUCAAGAAAGUUAAAAAUGAAAUAUAAAAUAUAAAUUGUAUCAAUAUUAUUUUUAUUUUUUAUGAAAGCAUUCAAAACUGACAACAGUAAAAUUUUUAUUCAUUA